AUGAACGCCGGCCAGCCACGUCUUCAACAGUCCUGCGAUGACUUAUUUGCUAUUCUCCGCUUGCUACCUCCUGUUUCCAUGGAUCCGGAUUCUUUGUCUAUAUUUUCAGGUUCCUACAAUCCAGUCAUCUCUGAUGGGGAACUGAUCCGCCUUGGGAUCCGGUUCGAUCAUCUAGAUAUCGAAACUGGCGACGUUUCAUCUCCCGCUAUUCCCUGCUUCCUUCCAAGGACCAAUUUUCCCGACAUUUCGGAGGUCCUUCAACAAGACCAUGCCUCCAAUGAUGUUUUCGAGUGUGCAGAUGAAGCGGGAGCCAAUAGACAAGGAAGUCCAGACCUUUUUAAGGGAAGGCUUGAUAUCUUCCCGGACGGCCUUAUCCUCGCUUUUGAUAAGUAUUCGUUUGAGGGAAGCGAGGAUCUCGAAAUGGAAGACAGAGAUAAUGAUCGCCAACUCAUUCGGUACGGCUGGGUCACUGAUUAUGAGACCUGGAAGAGGGUCGACUACAGUAACAGGCAGCAUGAUGAUUGCCAUAAUCAGGAAAACGUCAGCGAUGAUGUCGAAUUUGAAAUGAGACAUAACGGUCGCCACUGGAUAGUGAACGGCUGGGUCAUUGAUGAUGAGAGCGACAGUGACAGUCGGCAUGAUGCUUGCCAGAAUCAGAGAAAGCUCAGAGCUUUGAAUAUGGCUGAAGUUGGUACUUGUGGCGAUAACUCGCGCCCCUCGCGAGAUGAAGUCGCAGCCCUAGCAUGUGCUAUGCUGGAUUCAAUGUGGUGCGAGAGCCUGUCAAUCAACAACGAACGACCACAUAAAGAUAACGACCUUUUCCCGACACUGCUUAUCGUCUUCGAUGAGUAUGGACACUCUCGGGUCCUCACUGGAUAUUACGAAGGGCAACUCUGCAUUCAGUUCACCGACAUCUUUGAUUUCAAGGAGUACGCCGACGUGCCGCCUCACGGCACGCCAUACCUUGAUAGCAUCGACAAGGACAAAUUUUAUAAAAUGAUGAAUAUCCUUCUGAAAUGGUCAUGGCCAAUCCCAGUGCUCACGAAGUUUCGUGAGGAUUCUACGGUCGUCUUGGAUCUUCCAAUACAUAAUCACCCAAACACACAGGUCGUUGAUGAUGGUUGGCUGUUUGUCUGA